AUGGAAGUACAUGUCCUCAAAGAUGGAAUGCAGGUGGGAGGAGGCGAAAUCAGGCAAAACUCCAAUAUCAAGUCGUUUUCAGGUCCAGAUUUGUGGCCAGCAGUGGCCCAAGCACUGGGUGCAGGACAUUUGUCAAAGAUAGCUUGAAUCUCCAAGGAUGGAUUAAGAACUCCGGUAGUGACCAUGCUAGUUGGAGAGGACAGCUGGGUGACACAUGUAGACAACAAUAUCAGGGAUGAGUUUGAUGUGACCAGGUGCAUGUUCUCUGCUGGCAACAUCACAGAGAAGCUCAGGGUUGCCUCAUUCAACUGCAGUGGGGAGACUGUGGUGGAUUUAUAUGCAGGUAUUGGCUACUUAACUAUCCCAGUCAUGGUGCAUGCGGGGGCCAGCCAUGUUCAUGCUUGUGAGUGGAACCCAGAUGCCGUGGAAGCCCUGCAAAGAAACUUGGAGUUAAAUGGAGUGUGGCAUGACUGCACCGACCACGAAGACAACCGGCAACUCCCAUUGUGUAACCUGGCUGACCGGGUGAAUUUGGCCAGCUCUGCGGGUGGCUGGCCUGUUGCCUGUCGACUACUGAGGAAAAGGACCGGUGGCAUGUUGCAUAUUCACCAGAAUGUUACCGCACCACAUCAUAUUACAGACUGUGACACUUCCUCUGUUCCUGUCAUGGAGAGAGUGGACAUUUCUGGAGGAGACCAAGAAGAGGUGUCUCCUAAGGGGAGUGACAGAGAAGUUUGGGGUGCCUGGACAAAGGACACAGACAUCCACAUUGCCUCUCUACUGCAGGACAUCACCUGGACUGGCGUCCAGCAUAUUGAGCAUGUCAAGUCAUACGCACCUCACAUUCACCAUGUAGUACUAUUCUUAGAAUGCAGGCCACUCUGAGGAGACAAAAUACAGGACUGUAGCAUGACUCUUAUUUGUGUAGUCGUACCAGUGGCGGACUGGGACCAAAAAUCGCCCCUUUCUAACACACCGGCCCAUUUUUAUCACCUUGAGGCCCCCAUAAUUAGCAAAAUAAUGAGAAUUUUGCGCACAACAACCCAAAUUAGACUGGCCCACUAGGCUAAAAAUGGACCAGUCCAUCUGGCGUACUCUGCCAUUUGUGUCUAUUAAUAAAUUUUGCACACUAAUUUAAAUUAAUCAGAAUUGAGUUUUUUUUAAAGAAAAACAUGGUUUAUAGGUUUAUAAAAUGAAACUGUUGUUUACCGGUUGUUGUACAACUGAUUUUACAAAUGUUUAUACAUGCAAUGACUCUGGCUGCUUUGUGUGAUGUACACUGCUCAAAAAAAUAAAGGGAACACUUAAACAACACA